CGCCAGACGCCGGCGAUGACCUCAGCCGCCGCGGCCGCCGCCAUUAACCCCGCCCCUUCGUCCGCCCUCUCCCCGCACGCAGCUCCCUUCACCCUCCCCUCCCGACCGGCAUGCACACCUCCCGGGCGCCGCCAGGAUGGUGACGUUUCUAGGUCGACGGAUGGUACCUUUGUGGUGUGCGCUGACGACUCAGCGUCGCCAAUUGCACGCGUCUCGGCAAAACCAAAUGCUGCUUUUUAUCCACCCUCUACAUAUGGAAUGCAUGCUGGACAGCCAAGUUCAUGGUCAGCAGGCUGUAUGGAUGCGUAUCCCUCCUCGCCAUCGGCCAGGAUAACAUCCGAUUAUAAGCCGCAACGUAUCUUGACCUCGGGAAAUGGCAGCAGAUGCUCAACAGUGAAGAUAGAAAGGCCACCGAAUAAAACACCAGAAACUAACAACAACAGUUCUGGUUCUACUAGCCAGCUGGCUGUGGCAGAAAAUCUCAAAUCAAAUAGAGACAGGGGGAAAGAAACAUCAUUCCCCAUUUUACAAGUCAGUACUCCUGUUGAUGGCAAGGACAACUCACAAGGUACCGUGAUCUGCUUCAAAGAGGCAGAUCCUGCCAUCAGUGUGAAGCCUCUUCAUACUCCAACUACCUCUGCUGAUCCAUGUGGUUUCAUGGCUGAUGAUGUGAUGCCAGAUCCAUCGGAAUGCUCUGUCGAUUCACCAUGUUAUAGAGGAGCUUCAGCUUCUCACGUGUCUCCAUUUGAUGCACUUCAAACACCUGCUAUCCAGUCAACUGAUCAAGAAUUAGAAGCUUUUGGGGCGGGAGAGAAACAGAGCUGUAGCACUGUUCCACAUUAUAAUGCUCUGUCUGAGGUUCAAAGUUUGGUCACUAGUAAGACUAAGCACGACCAUUCCCAAUCACAAACUGAAGCCGAUGUGUCAAAGAAAUCUGGAGUUAUAGGUAUGAAGCAAACAAAAGAUACCCAUGGGAAGGAGCUUGAGUGUACAAACCAAUAUGCAGCCAAGUGUAAAAAAGAGCAGAACCACCUUUUGGAGCUGAGAGAUAAUUAUGUGAAGCGAUCUGGUCUGAAUUCUGCUGCUCCGGAUUAUGUACCUUCAUCAAUUGGGAAAUCAAUAACUUCCCAAGGACCAUGUUCUUCAACAGGAAGGAAUGUAUCAGGAGUUCUGAAGGACAUCAAGAAUUUUACAGAGCUCCUCCAGAGUAGUUGUUCCAAUGAGAAAAUUGAGCUAGAGGAACAUGAAUACAUCCUCCUUGAAUCAGUGAUUGAUAGUCUUCAGACUUUCCUUCAUAAAACAAGACAGGGUCCUAUUAAGGGUGCUUCCGGCAAGGCAGGGUCAAAGGCUCCAUAUUCUCAGACUACAGUUUUAAAAUCUGAUGCAGGAAAAUGCAAUGGUAGUUACGUUGCAGACGGUGGAAAAGGCAUAAUCAUUAAUCAUUUUGCUGGUUCUAGUCACAUGCUCAACGAGUUUGGCAGAAACAGCUUGACACGUGGGCAGCCUCCACUCAAUGAUGUUCCGAAGAAGAUCUCCUGCGAGGAAGAGCAUUCACAGGUUCAGGUGUAUAGAAGUCUUUGGAUUGAAGCGGAGCGUGCAAAUUGUGAAUUGAAGUACCAGCUGAUGAACACUUGUAUAAGAAUAGACCUAGAGUCCAGCAUGGCUCCUAUUGGCAGUCCCAGCAAGAACUAUUUGCAAGUAUCUGAUUUGGGCACCGAUCCAAGUAGUUCGUAUGGAGCUUCCCUAGCUCACGCACCGAUGCUGACCUUUUCCAAGGAUCCACCUACUGGAGAGACAUCAGGAGCAAGAACCAGUCAAAAUCUCUUUUAUGCUGGAGACUACAUUCAGUCAGGAGGCAACAGCGCACUUAGCUGUUCUUCAAGCACCAAAGGCUACACUAUGCCAAAGAAUUUGCAGCGUAGACAUGUCCUGGCAGGAUUGGAAGAAGCCUCCACACAUCGUCAUGCGCAUCUCGGGUCGCAACAAGCGUCAAGUAGAGCUCGUCCAGAGUCGAAUGGAUGCACUUUGGAUGACGUGCUGCCUCCCUCAUAUAUCACUGGAAGAGGUAGCAUUUUGCACAGCAAUUCCGAGUACGGCUCGUCUGACUGGGAGCACGUGCUAAGUGAGGAAAAUGGCUGGAGCUGAAGGCAUCUAGAAGCCCAGAUGGUGGUACUUGUAUAUAUGUGAGGAAGUAGGAUUGCAGAAACCAGGAAGCCAGGGAUUCCGGUUAUACUUUUAUUGCUAACUAACGGCCAUCAAAAUGGUACUGCUUGGCAAAAUGUUGCUUUUUUCAGCCAGCGGAGAACAAUUACCCCAUUAUGCAUCCUCUCUUAGGAUGUAUACAUAUUUCAAUUUGGACGCUAAUAAGCAGCAUCUUGGUCUUUAAGCGCGCACAGUUUGUUGUUUGAUUAUUAUCGUGCCCAUUCAAAGCACUUUAAGCAAGAUUUUGCAUGCACCUUGUACCCGUACUCAUCCAGGCUGAGUAAUCGAUCAUUCACGGUUGUUCAUUA